AGUUAUGUAGGUAGUAUUAUCUAUUAUCUUGCAAAAAUUUGUAAGAAGUUGGCUUAAUUCCUCUCGUGUCGAGGAAUCAGGCGGGAGAGAUCAGAGAUGUCGACGAGAAACUUGUACAAAAACCCUUCUUUUGCCUACAAAAAAGCUUACAGCCUCUCCUCCGUUCUUCAAAAUCUUCAAACUUAUAACAUCAUCACCGGAAAUGCACCGCCGCCGACAAACGAAUCUCCGGCAGCUGCCGUCGACGAUUCUAGGCCCCGCGCAAAACGAAGUUGUCACCGGAGACCUUCACCCUCGUCGAUCAAGCCACAACAAGUCGAAUUCGAUGAUGGUCCUAUGUCUCACGAUGAUUACAUCCAUUUAAAAAGGCAAGAAGCGAGCUCAUCGCAGGGUUACGAAAAUUUAACCGCAGAUUCUCUGUUGCAGCAGGGAUCCUCUAUUUCUGCUCUACCGUUGGUGGAUUAUGGGAGUGAUAGUGAUGAUAGCCCUUCUAUGUCAAAAGAGAUAUUUGGACUGUCAAAUUUAGACAAUGUGGAGCAAACUGAUUCUAUAAAAACUAGAAGUGAGCAGCGAUUCCCUCUAUCUGGAGAACCUGUUUGUGUUGUCUGUGGUAGAUAUGGGGAGUACAUAUGUGAUGAGACUGAUGAUGAUAUCUGUAGCAUGGAAUGCAAGGCAGAGCUGCUAAAGCAAAAAUGUGGUGACCUUUCUGAGCAGGGUGGUGUUAACAGUCAAGCUCCAAAUAUGGCUACAUAUAAACCUGAAGGAACUUUUGUACUGGCAGAAUCAGGGGAAGAUACUUGGGACUUUGAUCGUAAUCGAUGGUCUAGAAAGAGAUCUUGUCUAUCCACUUAUGAAUGCUGGAAGUGCAAUAAACCUGGUCAUCUUGCUGACGAUUGUUUUGUAACCAGACCUUCUGUUCAACCUCUUAGUUUGACUCAAGCCUGUAGUCAGGGUGCACUUGAGCAGAAGAAAUCCAUGUUCAUACCUGCAAAACUUCGUGACUUGUACCGAAGAUGCCAUCAGAUUAGAAAAACCAUGGUGAAUGCCAAGUGCAACGAAUGCUGCAAUUCCGUCUCCUUGGCGACAUGCCUUGAUUGCAGCACCAUAAUUUGUGACAGCGCAGGCCACCUGUCUAGGCACAUAUCUGCUCAUCCUACACAUCAUCACAUAUAUUCUCAUAAACUUAACCGCUUGGUCAAAUGCUGUAAGUCAACAUGUGAAGUAACUGAUGUCAAGGAUCUUUUAGCUUGCCACUACUGUUUUGACAAGGCCUUCAACAAGUUCUAUGACAUGUAUACUGCGACAUGGAAAGGUGCUGGACUUGCAAUCAUCUGGGGUUCCAUUUGCUGUGAGGACCAUUUUGAAUGGCAUAGGAUGAAUUGUUUGAAUGCAGAUGUAGAAGAUGGUGCAUACAUUUGUCAGCGAGGUGCCUGGAAAGGAAAAAAUCUACAACUCAGCGACUUCAUAUUUUGAUAGUCUUGCAAUCACUUGGCCAGAUAGGCAGAUACAAUGGUCAGUGGACAAUCCUUAUUCAUAUCAAAAAUCGAGAAUACCAGGGACAGGGACAUGAUCUUGGUCGAGAUUCAAUAAGAUGGCACGUUCUUGGGUAUGUCAACUGAGGAGAUCAGCGCACUUGCAUAUUUCAGCGCAGAAAAGCUCAUUGUAGAUUCUUGGGAUACACGGGCUUUUCUAAAUCCAACACGAAUCACUGAUUUGCCACAUAGUUCAUUUCACCUUCAAUAGCAGAUUGAGAUAUCAUGCUCCCGUACGUAGGAUCUAUUUGCCGCAUUGAUCCAGGGAAAGGUUUCUAAAUCUAGGAUAUCAGAUGAAGAUCUGGUCACUCGGUUGCAAAUGAGUUGUGCAAUCUCUUGUAGGAUUGUAGAUUUACUAACACUUCCAUAUAUAAUUCGAAUCUGCCGAAGUGUAUGUAACGAUAAAGAGAUACAUUUCGAAAAUGCAACUGCUUGAGAAUUUUUUUC